GUGCUGCCCCGCGCCGCCCCCCCCCGCCGCGCCGCCGGACUAUCACCCGCAGCUGCUCAGCAACGGGGCUGCUGGGGGCAGCAGUGGGAUCAACGGGGACCAGCAGCAGCAGCCGGGCUCAGCGGCCGAAGGGGGGCAGAGGAACUCGGCCCUCAUUGCGCUCCAGGGCACCUUGAAGAGGAAGCUGGUGGUAAAUCUAUCACCUGUUAACAACAACAAGAGACCCAAUGGUAUUUCAGAUAACUCUUUCCUUGAUAUUAAGAGGAUACGAGUGGGUGAGAAUCUUUCUAUGGGACAAGGCGGACAUGUUAACAGUUGCCAAAGCCAAUCAAUGUCAGGAACUUUGUCUGGGGGGCAAGGAUCACAAAGAAAGACCAGCAACCUAGCAAACAGUAUGCACUCUAGUGGGCAUAUGUUUAAUAUGCCUUUAAAAGAGGUCAAGAAAGAACCAGGAGAAACCAUAUCUUGCAGCAAACACCUGGAUGAUCAGAUGCCCCAUGAAAACAUUUUCCCUAACAGAUAUGGGGAAGAUACAGGGGAACAGAUGAUGGACCCAGAGCUUCAGGAGCUGUUUAAUGAGCUGACUAACAUAUCGGUGCCACCAAUGAGUGACCUAGAACUAGAAAAUAUGAUAAACGCCACUAUAAAACAAGAUGAGCCAUUUAACAUUGAUCUUGGGCAGCAAAACCAGAGAGGCACUGCUAGAUCUUCUCUGCAGAUGGACAAAAUAGUGAUAAAGAGUGAAUAUUCACCGGGCUUGACUCAGGCACCUGUGGGCUCCCCACAAAUGAGGCCUCCUUCUACAGGACCAGCCUUCACUAUGUCCAGUGCUGCCAUGUCCACCUCUUCACCAAUCCCUUCGGUGCCUCAGAAUCAAGCACAGUCGACACAGGUCUCUUCUGUCUCAAAUCGACCAAUGACUAACUGGCAAGAAGUAUCUCAUGCUCAGCAGCUAAAACAAAUAGCAGCCAACCGACAACAACAUGCCUUGAUUCAGCAGCAACAGCAGCAGCAGCAGCAGCAACCUCAGCCAUCCAGCUGGCCCACCUUGUCCCCAUCAGGCCCUUCCCCAGGACAAUUUGGACAAGAGAAAAUUCCCAGCCCUUCCUUUCGUCAGCAACAGUUCAGCCCCCAAAGUUCAGCCAUGCCAGGGGUACCUGUCAAUGGGAAUCAGUCCAAAGCGAUGAGUAACUACAUCUAUAAACCAAACACCACAACCCAGAGCAAUCCCAUUGACAUAAUAAUACAACCAAAGCCUCAGGAUCUCAACAGAAACUUUAUGAACAACACUCAGUCACCACUAGAGCAGCAUCAUGGCAACACAAAGCCUUUGUGUCAUUUUAACUCAGAGCAAACCAACCAGCAGAUGCCUUCAGUUUUGGGGUCCCAAAGCAAGUCUUCUAUUCUGCACUACCCUCAGCAGCAGCCGAACCCCAGUGCCAUGCAAGCGCAACAACAGCAACCUCCGCAAACUCUCCAAAACCAGCCUCUUCAAAGGCCACCAAAUGUACCAUUGGCAUUGCAGCAGAAGAUGUUACUACAGAAAAUGCAGCAAAGCCCACACAUUUCAGGACUGCAGUAUCCCAUCUCUCAACAGCACAGACAGGAUCAGCAGCAGCACUCUGUGCUAGGCCAAGGUGCAGGCCCCAGUCCAAAUUCCAGUACUUGCUCAAAUCCCAACACUGGAAGUGGUUACAUGAACUCAUCCCAGCAAUCAAUGUUGAAUCAGCAACUGAUGGAAAAGAAACAGGCUCUGCAGAGGCAGAUGAUGGAGCAAAAACAGCAGCUCCUUCUACAGCAGCAGAUGCUGGCAGAAGCGGAGAAAAUUGCUCCACAAGAUCAGUUGAACCGACACUUGACAAGGCCACCACCAGAUUACAAAGACCAAAGAAGGAAUGUGGUCAGCAUGCAGCAAGCAACCCAGUAUUCUGGUGGUUCCCCAGCAGUGAGUAUGAGCUCCAAUCUGUCUUUAUCAAAUCCCAUUUCAACUCUCAGCAUUUUGUCACAGAAUUCUAGUCUUUUAACAACUCCCCAUGGAACCAGAAUGCCUUCAAUUUCAGCAGCCCGGAACAUGGGCUGUUACGGAAACAUUCCUUCUAAUCAACCAGGCUCAUACAACAUAACAUCAGGAAUGAACCAAAUGCAACAACACAGAAACCAAAACCAAAUCGUAACCAGUCAAAAUAACCCCAUAAUGUCUCGCCAGCCAACCCUAACACAAGGAAACAAUGUAGCCACUUUUGGGGCUGGAUCAGUGGUUAACACUCAGCAAGUGAGAACAGGUAUAAAUCAUGGAACGACAGGUAUCCCAGCACAAAGACCAUCGAAUGUGAUGAUCACUUCCAGUGCUGUUGCUCAGAACUGGGCCCCUCAAGAGGCAGCAACAAAGCAGCAAGAUGCACUGAAACAGACAGGCAUUCGUUUCCCGACAAGCACUGCAUAUCCUAACCAAUCUCUGCAGCGUUCCAUAGGCAACCCGCAGUUUCCUCAGCGUGCUAUGGCACCUCCUAACCAGCUAACAACAGUGGCGCAAAUGAGACCUCCUCUAAACCAAAUGAACCAAACCGUAAAUGGACAACCUGUUGGGUCACUAAGAGGUUUAAGUGUAGGACCAAACCAGAUCAGAGCACAGACUGUGCCUAACUUGAAUCACCCAGGAACAAGUAUGACACCACCUUCAUCCCUGUCAUCAACCAAUUUUACAUCUACCAACCAAAACUCUAGAGCUUACCAAGGAACUGACCAUGGUAAUGACUUAGCCUUUGACUUUCUUAACCAGCAUGGUGACAACAUAGGGCCUGCACUCAACAGUGAUUCAGACUUUAUUGAUUCUUUACUGAAAACAGAACCUGGUAAUGAUGACUGGAUGAAAGACAUCAACCUUGAUGAAAUCUUGGGGAACCACUCAUAGGAGACAAUGCUGAUGAUAAAACACAUAUGCUCUAAGUACUAACAGGCAGGGUUGACAAUAGAUCUCUCUUUAAAGGCAACAAUCUGCUUUAUUAAUUUACUCUCCUGCAGUUGAAUUGUCAUAAGAAUCAAUGGUUUAAAAUGAGGAUCCAAGUAGAGAGAUUGCCCUGUUUGAAGAGACGGUUUAAGAACAAAAGCUGAUUCUAAACUUUCCCUAGAUGAAAGUCUAAUGUAGGAUGAUAGUUAUACCUGUCAAGCUAAAAACAGUGUGGGGAGGGGGCAUAGCCAACGCAGUAGAUAUGCACCUGCUGUUCUCAUGGGAACUGUCCACAUUUGUCUUAGGAAGGUGUGUAAUACGCACUCUUCAAAUAGAGGUGCUGAAAGGUGAGCAGAUCAUGCAGCUUCGUGUCUCAGAUGCAAGUGGCCACCUCCCAUACAGAGUUGAGCAAAGUGUUCAGGGCCCUCCUCUCUCACUGGGAGAACUCAGUGUCUUAUAAGAUCAGGCCCCUUGCAAAACUAAUUCUUGUGUGUUAUAAAAAUCAUUUCUACAUAGUAGAAACUCUCAUCUUUCCCUGGUGAGUGAUUUCAUUUCAAACCACCUAACUUGUGUAGAAAAGGGCAAGUGGUUUCUUUCAAGGAAGGAGGAAAGUGGUUUCUAUGAGAGACAUGCCGGAGUGUCACUCACUGGUCACUAGCUUUUACACAGUCUCACCUGGUGUUUGGUUUGCUGUAACCCGGGAGGCUGGUUUUCCAAUAGGUAACAGAUUUGGUUUAGUUUCUGGUGUAAAUAUGCCAUCAGCCAUUCCAAAAUUCUAGGGUCAAAUGCUGCUGCCUUGCUUCCACAGAUGGUGCCAGUGACUUGAAUGGACAGCUUGAGUGAGACACGGGCAGAGGAUUAGGCCCCUAAAGAAUACCUCCCCACUCCAUGGCUGAGUGCCCCGUGUAUUCAGCUAUUUGCUUCAUCCAGGGCUAUCUGUGUAUAUGGGAAGGCUUCCAUUUUGAUUUUGAUUCAGUCUGACAAUACACAGCGUGACUCCUGUGGAGAAUAUCAAUAGUUCUCUCGUUCACCAGGUCGUGGGAGUCGUCAAAGAGACAGGCUUGGGCACUAAAAGUGCUGGUGAUGCAGAUUCCAAUACCUUUACUCAGGUUAAAUAGUCUCUGACUUUCUGGAUUGCCCCACUGAAACCAAGAUAUGCAGCAGAUGUAUGGAAAUCAGUGGGCCUACUCGCAGAGGAAGGUACUCUCAGCCAGGGUCAAGGUAUCAGAAUCCAGCCCUUCACACUCAUCAAUUCACAAAGCAGCCAGCUUUGGGUGAGUGCUGGCCAGGGGAUGAGUGUUCUGUUUAUAGCACUGUGGGAGGGAUUUUGCUUGUGCUGAUGUGAGAAUCCUUCACAACCUAGUCUGAGUCAGAGGAGACUAGACACAGCAAGGGAAAAUAGAGCCCAUUUGCAGAUGCCAGGAGGUGACCCAAAAGGCAGCGCUAUACCACCUUUAUGGGUUUUAAUUAAUCCAUGUUUGUGUGCCACUGUGAAUGGAGCUGACGCUUUACAGGAUCUCCUGAAUCCAUAUGGGGCAUUCUGAAUGGUUCAAGAAGUUUAGCAAGGGUUCUCUUCCUCACAUUCCAGUACAGGUGCCUCCCAAAACCGGAAUUCUCUGGUCCGGCAACAUCCAUGAUCCGGCAGGACUACAGAUGUUCCUGGAUCAGAGAACCUUGGUAGCUUAGUGGCAUGAGGGCAAUCCAGGAGGGUCUGAAGCAGCAGGAAGGGGAGAGGCUGGUGGCAAUCCCCAGAAGCCCGUAGCAGUGGGGCAGCAGCCUCUGGGAUUGGGUUGGGGCAGGCCAUGGCAGUGCAGGAUUGGGCCAGCGACAGCCCAUGGGAGCAGAGCCCUGGGCAGCCCAUGGAAGCGGGGCUAGAGUCUGUGAGCUGUUGGGGGCAGGAGCCUGUGCUCUUAGUUGCCCAUGGCAGCAUGAGGCUGAAGCCCCAGACAGCCCACAGAAGUGGGGCCAGAGCCCAAGCCCUUGGCAGCCCCCAUCGGUGCAGGCUGCUGGAGCCCGGAGAGCAGUCCAGCUGGGGCAGCAGCAGCAUAGCCAGCAACCCAGCGGGCAGCCCAGCAGGGGCUGGAGAUAGUCCCUUUCCCUUCCCUGGAGCUGGCAGAGUUAGCUGUGGCAGGGAACCUUCUCUGGUCUGGCAAAUUCUCUGGUUCAGGAUCGGUCAGGUCCUGAGGGUGCCAAUAAGAGAUGUCCAUUACUUUGUGGGGAAGUUCUUGCUGGCUCCUGGAAUAUAUACACACAAGAUCAGGAGCUCCAGCACCCUUAGAGAAGUUGCACCAUGCUCACACAAGGCACUUGCCCAGUUCUUUUGGUUGUGCAGGUGGGGACAGCUCCGUGGUCCUAUCCACCCCUCUCCCUGUUUCACGGAGCUAGCAUCCAUAGAGGUGAAAUGGAGGAGGCCUAGCGGGAAACCUCUUUACACUCUCCCUACUUUGUGCACCUGUGCCGAGUCCUACUAAAAUAAAUCAAGUAUGGCUCCCAGAAGAGAGUUGCAUCAAGAUGGCAGAAGGGAAGAAACCCAUGACACAAGAGAUGGUGGCAGCAGGAGGGUUUUAUCUCCAAGGAGACUCAGACCAGAAGCUCCUUCUGCACCUUUAGAAAAGGUGUAUCAGCCUCCCAGUGUGGGGGACCCAGGCUCUGAUUAUAUUUAUAACCCACCCAGACAUGCCCUUUCUGGAGUGCUCAGCAGUGCCAGAACCAAUAGUCACUCUCCCCUAACCACACACCUUGGGCUCAGAGAGCAGGACUGUCUCCUCUGUACAGUCACUAGGGAGCGGAAGGGCAGAUUUUAUUUAGCCCCCAAAAAUAGAACAACUUUUCAGCACAAGUCACAUUAAGGACCAUCCAGAUUUAGAGAGAAGUGAGGGGGUAUAUGGGAGUAGAGCAAUACCAUAGGUGUGACCCUGCACUCCCAGACACCUGUAGAAAUCAGGAAUGGUUCCACUGCUAUAAUGGAGUUCCACCUGUUUCAAUCAGGUGUAGGAUCAAAAUCAGCUGCCUUGUGGCAUAGAAUCAUAGAAGAUUGGGGUUGGAAGAGACCUCAAAAAGUUAAGUCCAAUCCCCUGCUCAAAGCAGGAUCGAUCCCCAACUAAAUCAUCUGAGCUAGGCCAUGACAAAGUCAAAAUGCUACACCACCCUACUAAUGAAAUAGGUUGUUCUUAAUAUCCAACCUAGACCACCCCCACUGCAACUUGAGACCAUUGCUCCUUGUUCUGUCAUCUGCCACCACUGAGAAUAGCUUGGCUCUGUCCUCCUUAGCAUUCCCCUUCAGGUAGCUAAAGGCUGCUAUCAGAUCUCCCCUCACUCUUCUCUUCUGUAGACUAAAUAAGCCCAGUUUCCUCAACCUCUCCUCAUAAGUCAUGUGCUCCAGACCCCUAAUAAUUUUUGUUGUUCUCCACUGGACUCUCUCCAAUGUGUCCACAUCCUUUCUGUAAUGGAGGGCCCAGAAUUGGACGCAGUAGUCCCAAUGUGGCCUCACCAGUGCUGAAUUAAGGGGAAUAAUCACUUCCCUAGAUCUGCUGGCAAUGCUCCUACCAAUGCAGUCCGAUAUGCUGUUAGCGUCCGUGGCAACAAGGGCAUAGCUUCUUGUCUACUGUAUUCCUCAGGACCUUUUCUGCAGAACUGCCACUUAGCCAGUCGCUCCUCAGCCUGCAGCAGUACAUGGGAUUCCUCCCUCCUAAGUGUAGGACUCUGCACUUGUUCUUGUUGAACCUCCUGGUUCAGAUUUUUUUUGCCCAAAUCCUCCAAUUUGUCUAGGUCACCCUGGACCCUAUCCCUAUCCCUCCAGUGUAUCUACCUCUCCCCCCAGCUUAAUGUCACCCAUGAACUUGUUGAGAGUGCAAUCCAUUCCCUUAUUCGGAUAAUUAAUGAAGAAGUUGAACAAAACCAGACCCAUGACCAACCCUGGGAGCACUCCACUUGAUACUGGCUGCCAACUAGACCUUGAGCCAUUAGUCACCACCUAUUGAGCCCAACAAUCUAGCCAGCUUUCUAUCAACCUUAUGCUCCAUUAAUCUGAGUCAUGCUUCUUUAAAUUGCUGGCAAGAAUAUUCUGGAAUACCACAUCAAAAGCUUGCUGAAGCCAAGGUAUAUCAUGUCCACCACUUUCCCCAUAUCCACAGAACUAGUAUUCUCAUUAUAGAAAACAAUUAGGUUGGUCAGGCAUGACUUGUCCAUGGUGAAUCCAUGUUGAUUGUUCCUGAUCAUGUUCCUCUCCUCCAAGUGCUUCAAAAUUGAUUCCAGGAGGACCUGACCCAUGAUCUUUAGAGGGACUGAAGUGAGGUUGAUUGGUCAGUAGUUCCCCAGAUUCUCAGGCACAAUCCUUCCUGGAUUGGUGGGGCUCUAUACUGCCACUAAUAGGCCACUGAAGUUAACAAGAAUUUUUCCAGUGAUAGCAGGCAUUGGGUCAAGCCCUUAAUUGAAUCUAAAUUCUGUCACCUUUGUAUUCAACAAUGUAUAUUUUAAAUAAACUAAAAUUCAUAUGCAGCAAAGUGAAGGCCAUAUGCUGUUCUAUUAAAACAUACAUGAUACAUUUUAAAUGCGAGCUUAUGAAUGACUUGUGUCCAAAACUUGAAACCAGUCUCAGUUCUCUUUAAAACAAACUCUCUUUGUGUAACAGUGGCUACGUGCACUACCCUUAUAUUAUAUUUUUCACCAUAGACCAGGAGCUGUUUGCAGUAUUGGGUUGUAAAUAUAAAGAUUUAUUUGUUUUUGUAAACUUUUGUAAAAACAAAUUAAUAAUAAUAAUAUUUUGGUAGGAAUAAUAAAUCAUAUUCUUUGGGUUAUAUUUAUAUAUAUGUGAAAUAAAUAUACUAUCAAAAAAGUUGUAUUUUAUACAAAAAGUAAAUGGUUACCUUUUGUAUUCUAAUAUACAAAAUUUUGUAUGGUAUGAUUGUUUAUUUUCAUCCUCAGACUGAAGCAUUGGGUUGUGAGGGAGAGCAAAAUGGGAUCUUUGGGAUAAUUCCAUUGAUUUCCAGUGGCUUUGGAUCAAGCCUUUAAAAAUAUUUCAGAUACAUUCAAAGCUGAUGUUCUCCUGAAACCUCAAUAUGAAAACAUUCCAGGUUUCAACUCUUUUUUUUUAUUUGUAGCUUUGGGGCGGGGUUAUAUGUAACUGUCAUGUCCUUGUUGCAUGUAUGUCUGCUUUAUACUUUCUCAUAUUAUAAAACAGUAUUUCUCUAUACAAACUGAAAGGAAAAUUGCUGUACAUAAAUGUUUGUGUUUUAUGCAUUUUUACAUGUGGCUGUGUAUACCUUCUAGUACUAUGCAGUGACACUUAUUUGACUCCAUUUAUUUUUCACCUAAACAUGAAUAGUAUGUUUUUUUUCAAUAGCUAUCAAAAUUCCACCAAGUAAAUCAAUCAAAAUGUUCUGAUGUCUCUUUUCUUAAUGUGAAUUUCAUCAUUAAUGUCUAUUUAUUCAACUGUUCAUUUGUUUCAUUAAAUUACAGGCAUAUUUUGAAAAAAAAUGCAUCCAACAACGUUUUAUUUGCAAAGACGGUUGAUUUGAGUGGGAUAUUUGUUUCUUUUAUAGGUUAAAACAAUUUCUUCAUUAUUAUAAACAAUUAUCACAGUAAGUAAAGUUA